CGGCACCGCCUGCGGGCGGAGCGCGGGGCUCCCGGGGGCGGAGACACGUGGGGGACCUGGGAGGUCAAGGGGCCGGGGUUCACUAGUGCCUCCCGGUCCGAGGGACGUCAGCGUGCGCAGGGACGUGGUAGCCCCAGGGGGUCCCUGACGCGGUGCCCUAGAGCGCCGGGAAGGCUCCCCCUGCCCACGCACGCGCGGGGUCGCCGCCCUCCAUCUCCGGUCUGAACAAAAGCUGACGCCAGACCUGCAGGCUCGCGGCGGCUGUUUCAACCCGGAAAGUUUAGGCAGCCGUCCCGGUCUCCCGACUUCCGGUUCCGUUUUUGGGGCCCUGUCUGGCGGCCUUCGCUAUGGAAGAACCAGAGAUGCAGCUGAAGGGAAAGAAAGUCACAGACAAGUUCACCGAGAGUGUCUAUGUCCUGGCCAACGAGCCGUCUGUGGCCCUGUACCGGCUACAGGAACAUGUGCGCCGCUCACUGCCAGAGCUGGCCCAGCACAAGGCUGACAUGCAGAGGUGGGAGGAGCAGAGCCAAGGUGCCAUAUACACCGUGGAGUACGCCUGCAGUGCUGUGAAGAGCCUAGUGGACAGCAGUGUGUAUUUCCGUAGUGUGGAAGGCCUGCUCAAACAGGCCAUCAGCAUCCGGGACCACAUGAACACCAGCGCUCAGGGCCACAGCCAGGAGAACCCAUCCCCUCCUUCUGUGGCCUGACCCUGAACCUGGAAGACGCUCAGGGCCCCGGCUUCCCCACCCAGCUUCCUCUCCCUCAGGCAGACCCCUGCCUCCUAUGCCCCCGACCACUCAGCUGCUGUGGGACCUUGAGGCUGCACCUCACUUCUCUGGUCUUCAGCUUUUGCUUCAUGUAAACAUGGCUCAUCCAGCUGAGCCGCGUGGUCAAUGACAGCUAUACGUUGUGACAGCUGUGUCUGUGCGGGAGAGAAUCAUCCCAAAUCCCAACGUCUUCUAAUACUGUAAACUGACCAGCCCUGAGGCUGCUUCAGGCUGCACACAGCUGGGGGCUUCCUCCGGCCUUUGCCUGUUGCUGUGUUGGGGUUUGGGUCUAGGGUCCGCUCACCACCUCAAGCAGAGGGGCUGAUCCCCAUGGGCCCCAUUGGUGCUGACCAUGCUCUGCUGCAGAGGCCGGGGGUGUGAGGAGACUGGCUUGCAGCCCAGAGGCAGCAGAGCCUCUUCCUAGACAGCAGCCGGAGCGCCUGCUGGGUGACAGGUCAUCGAGCACCGAGCACCUCCCUGGUCCAGUGAGCAUUCACAGGCCGCUUGGGUAGCAAGAACUGACCGGGCAGCAGUCAGUGGGCAUUCGCUGAGUGCCUCAGCCUGCCAGGGUUCUGGGCACUCACGGCUGUCACCACCACCACCACAGGAGAUGGGCAUCUGGGAGGACCCGAAGCUAGAAGGGCUCCCAGGUGUGUGCCUGUGAUCCUGUCAGCCCUGGUGCAUCCUGCCCAUACCCAGCCCACACCUGGGUGCCCCUUCGUUCCUGCCCCAGCCCACACCUGGGUGCCCCUUAGUUCCUGCCCCAGCCCACACCUGGGCACCCCUGCGUCAUGUGUCUCCUGGUCUGUUUACCUCGUGGCAUCCUGGGCUCCUCCUGAUCCCAGUUCCAUCUCUACAGACUUCUUCACCUUCCUGAGAUUGCCACCCCUCUGUCCCCCAAAGCCACUCUCCUCCGGUCACUUCAUGGGGUCAGAUACACACUGCCUGUCUAAAUCCAUGACCCUCAACACAGUCUCAUCUCACACAAGAGGAAAGUGGCUUAGUGGUGAGACAGCUGCCCCAUGUACUGCCCCACCUGCAGGCAGCAGGAUUCACACCCUGGCUUCUGACCCUUGGCCCCCUCCCCCAUCCUGUCCCUGUCCCCAGUCCUUGCAGAAGCCGGCUCUGGGACACCACACUGAGAACUCAGCAGGAACUGAACACUUAGCAAGGUGACCAGUGUCUUGUGCCUCCUGGCUCAGCCAUAAUUGCCAUGAACCAGGGUCACUGUUCCAGUAGCACCCCGGGGCAAUCUUGGUGCAUAUACAUUGAAUGUCCGGAAGCUGUUCUUCCAUGCUGGGGUCACAUGACCUAUAUCACGUCACAUAGGUGUAGGGCUGGGUGCUGGCUUCUCUGAGAUUGAGGUGAACACAUCCCUGUCUAACCUCUUAGGAGACACUGGAUAACUGUCUCCUACCUGGCUUGGCCACCAGCUCCCAUCUCCUGGGUCAUGAUGGGCCAGGGUGCAUGUCUGACCUACAACCGGGCCCUGGGUUCCAUUCCGGGCCCUGGGUUCCGUUCCCAGACUCACACAUGCACCAAACAAACUAACAAAAAACCCCAAACUCCAACCAGAUAAAUUGCCAAAGUUGGAGCAGUUGGAGCAAGAGCAUUGUGUGGCAUCUCUGCCUAAGACUGCAGGUGAGCCAUGUAGAGCAGGGCCACCAGACCCAGCUGUGUGCCAGCCAGACAUGGAGGGGCUGGGGAGAUGGCUCGGUCAGCUACAUAUUCACCUCACAACUGCGAGGACCUGAGUUCAGCCACCAGAACCCACAUUAAAAAAGCCAGGCAUGCCGUGUGGAGGUGUCGCACACCUUUAAUCCCAGCGCUCGGGAGGCAGAGGCAGGCGCAGGCCUCUGUGAGUUCGAGGACAGCUGGGGCUACAUAGAGAAACCUUGUCUCAAAAAACAAACAAACAAAAGGCCAGGAAUGUCACCAAAGCUUGUAACCCCAACACCCACACAAGUAUGCCUCCAUAGAUAACAUGCAUGUAAAUAGAUAGUAAAUGUAAAAAGUCCCUCCAGGAUUCGGCCACUCAAACAACCUAGUGUGCUUCCAGGGCUCCUUAGCACCCCCAGCCCCUGGGUGCCCCCUCAUCUGGCAGCUGGCACCUUUCAGAGGUUCCAGAGUAGGACUGGUCUGUCCCCCACCUCAGCACCUGUUGCCCAGGCCUCCCCAGCCAUGGUUAAUAAUUUACAUCUCGUUUGCAUCCCUCCCACCCCCAGCUGAGCAUUGAUCUUGGUGCACAGUCCUGCCCCACACAAACCAGCAGAGGCUCCCGGUCCUUUGAGAGUGAACUGAGCCUCCAAGGGACCGGGCACUCAGCAAGCCUUACAUCUGUCCCCACACUGCUCCAACCAAAACUCACAGCCUCCCCACCUCACUCGGUAACUUGGAGACAGGCGGCGACCUUCCUGUGCCAUGGGACAAGCAAGACAGAACCUAGCAGCCACCUGACUGGGAACAACCUGUAAGGGGUCUGACCUUGAGUGAAGAAUAGGCUCCUCCAGACCUGUCAGGGCUGAAAGGGAACCCACGGUGGCCUGUGCUUAUGACUUUUAAAACUUUUCUUUGGCAUUUAUUUUAUUGGGGGCACAUUAGUAUCAUGGCACAUGUGUGGAGGUCAGAGGCCAACUUGGUCUGGCAGCUAGCACCUUUUCCCCUGAGCAUCUCACAGUUCCUGAAUCGAUUUCCUUUUCCAUACGGCUCUUGCUAUGUAACAGGCCGGCCAUGAGCCUCAGCCUGUGCCUCAGCCCCUGUGUGCUGAGGUCACAGCCUGGCACCACCAGGCCCGGCGCUGCUGGCUUUUUAAUAAACAUUUCGUUGUAAAGUACAAAUAAAACUCACUGUUUUUUUAGAGA